CUCACACUGAGAGUAACAUCGCUUUGCUCCAUGCACCUCUUUCUCUCGCUAAAAUUUCUUUCUCUCCUCUAAUGCUUCAAUGGUGAAAAUGCACACAGACAGUCCCUUCAACUGGGAGCUUCGUCUUCUCCCUUGCUUGAAACCCAUAUUCCUCUUUAGAGACAGUCUUCUUCUUCAUAUACAAAUCCCCAGAAACACCAUUGAUAAGCCCAAUUCUAGGGUUUGAGAGAGAUUUUACUGAGCUACCAGACUUUGAAACCUCAUAAAAAUGGCUGGACCCUCUCAUUCACUCAUAUCUACGAGCACUGCUCUUUUUCCUCCAUCACUCCCCGUUCAAAGGUCCACUUAUUUAUCUAAUCCCCUCUUCCUCAAGCCUCUUCCCAAAAAAUUUAGGGUUUAUGCAUGUUCUUCCAGCACUGAACCGAGCAAUUCCCUCCCCACAAAAGGGAAAAACCCUUUGAUGGCUGUUCUGGAAAUUCCAGUAACCAUUUGGAGACAAACUAUGAAGCCAUUAAGUGAUUUUGGGUUUGGAAGACGCAGUGUAUGGGAAGGGGGAGUGGGUCUAUUUGUUGUUUCAGGCGCAGUUCUUCUUGCUCUUUCGCUUGCAUGGUUGAAGGCAUUCCAUAUAAGGUCUAAGUUUAGGAAAUACCAGACCAUUUUCGAGUUUUCAAACGCAUGUGGAAUUUGUAUGGGGACUCCUGUUAGAAUAAGGGGAGUUACUGUUGGGACCGUGGUGGGUGUGAAUCCUUCGCUAAAAAGCAUAGAUGCAGUAGUUGAGGUUGAAGACGAUAAAAUAAUCAUACCUCGGAAUUCCUUGGUUGAAGUGAAUCAGUCUGGUCUUCUUAUGGAGACCAUGAUUGACAUUACACCUCAAGAACCGCUUCCAUCACCAUCAUCAGUUGGACCUCUUGAUCCAGAUUGCUUGAAGGAAGGCCUUAUUAUAUGUGACAGACAGAGGAUUGUGGGACAACAGGGUGUUAGCUUAGAUGAAUUGGUUGGAAUUUUCACUCGUCUUGGACGGGAAAUGGACCGGAUUGGUGUGGCCAAUACCUAUCAUUUGGCAGAAAAAGUAGCAUUUGCAGUAGAAGAAGCGAUGCCCUUGCUUGCAAAGAUUGAAGCUUUAACUGACGAUAUUCAACCUUUGCUAUCUGAGGUUCGUGAUAGCGGCCUGCUAAGGGAUGUAGAGAAUUUGACCAAGCGUCUGACAGAUGCAAGUGAAGAUUUGAGGAGGGUACAUUCUUCCAUGUUGACCACUGAGAACACUGAACUAAUCCGGCAGUCGCUGUCCGCCCUCAUACGUACCCUGAAAAACAUUGAGGGUAUAAGCUCUGAUAUCUCAGGUUUCACUGGUGAUGAAGUCACGAGGCACAAUCUAAAAUUGCUCAUCAGGUCCUUAAGCAGGUUGAUAUAGAAAAAUAAAACUGAAGGCAGAGCUGUUUUUGAGUUGGACUACAGGUAUUCAUUCACUUCACUCACUUUCUCAGGCCUUAGUGCAAUUCAAUAUGUAGCUAUUGUUAUGUUCGUGUAUUUUUAGGGGUUGAUAGGCUUUGGUUGGAGGUUUCUUUGUCUUAUCUCCCAAACAAUGCAUAUUGGACCGAAUGAUCGAACAAUUGAAAGAAAAUAGCUGAGUGGGUAUGAGGCCUAGGCAUUGUCUAUGCAUUUCUUAUCUAA